GAUAUACCUUAUAGGUACAGUGAUCAUAUGGUCCCUCCCACAUACCCGAUCAACUUUUCACUUUCUGAAUUCGAAACCCGAUCUGUUUCUCAGUCAAAUGGUAACGUGCCAUACGAUCAUUCCUGAUUAAGGGCAGUCAGCACUUCGGGAACCAUCGUCGCAUCCAUCGCAUUCAUCACAUUCGUCGAAUCGUCAGUGACAGUGGUCGCUAAUCGCCAUGUCGCCCUCUUACAAAUCCGAGUACCCCGCCGGCCUGGCCGUGGACUCGAGCAUCAUCAGCUUCUUCGAAAACUUCUACCGCAUCUCCGACACUCCAGGCAACCACGAGGCCUACGCCGACAACUUCACCGACGAUGCGACGUUCAUUCUAGCCUCCAAAGUCAGUCGCGGCCGGUCGCAGAUCAUCUCGACCCGGAAGGGGAUGUGGGCGAACAUCGGUGCUCGCAGGCACGCACCUACCAAGAUAUUCCCCUUCGGUAACAACUCGCGCGCAUUCAUGCUUCAUGGAGACGUCGCCUUCGCUUUCAGGGACGGCCGCCAGGGGACGCUACCGUGGGCCGCCCGCGCCGAGUUGGUGCAAUCGCCAGCUGGCGGUUGGAAGAUGAGAUUCUAUCAAGUCUACCUUGAUACUCUACCCCUUCGGAAUACCGGUAAUGGCGUCGAUGGUACGAAGUCGUCUGAAUCUACAUGAUCCGUCGGCUUUUGCGCAACGCCGCAAAGGUGGUUCAAGCAGAGAAAUACUCUCGAAAACCUCAACUCAUCUCCGGGUGCGGAGAUACGUUGUUCGGUAAUAAAUUGUCUGCAAUCCUCGCAGACCAUAAUACCAAAUGGCGAAAGAUAUGGAAAGAAUGUAUCCCCGGGCCGGGGGGAUUCAUUAUUAUUAUUACUAUUAUUAAUAUUAUUAUUAUUAAUCUUUUAGGCUGGCAGGUCAUGGUUUGGCAAAGGGCAGAGAGUCGGAUGCGCCGAGAAGAACGGAAAAUGCGCCGACGAGCGUUGGUUCUUUACCUGCGCUCAUAUUAGCACAAGCGAGGCGAUAUUGGUCUCAGUUUUGCGUUCAGCAUGGCUGUGAUAAUACGGAGCUAGGGAGUACUCCGUAGGUCCGGAAAUGGACUGCCUGACGCAGCACCACAAAUUUAAAAUGUUCAGUGAAAUCUCGAG